CUCUCGUGGGUUUAUUUCGAGGAUUUUUUUUUUUUUUCACUGGACAGUUUGAGAAUUGGUCUAUUUUCAUCGCAAAACCUUACAAGAUUUAAUUUUGGAUAUAUUGUCGAAUUGAAAAAUGCACUAUACGAGUGCAUAUUACUAGAUCCAUAGGACGAACAUAAUUAUAUUUCUGUCCGCCAGGAAAUAUUUCCGUCAUCAAUAUAAGAAGAAAAAUUUCCGUCGUCACCCCCAAUCCAAUUCAAAUAAUAGUAAGGUAGAGCCAAACGAAGCUGUUGAUCAAAACAGAUACUCUAUUUCCACCAUGCAAUAUCCUUCUUGAGAUAACCUGGCGAACAAUCUGAGUCGCCACUGAUAAACACGUACUUUUGGAUUUUUACAGUAAGGUUGGCUAUUGAAAACAUCGAAGAGAACCGCUCAUAAUUCAGUAUCUUAUUUUCUCCCAUGGAUGUUUACUGUUCUUCUGCUGUGGCACCUUCCAAUCAAUCGCUAGCUAAAGCUCACAACAAGAUUCCCAUCUCAAAAUCUAUAAACUUUGAUCGUUUGCCUUCAUGGGUUUCUCUUAAGGCCACAGCCCCUGCUUCACUGAAACAAAGUACAAAGGGCCAAGUUGAGAAUGUGCACUUGGUUUCUUUAUCCAAGCAAGGGCAGCUCAAGGAAGCUCGUGAAUUUCUCAAACUAAUGAUUGAUGCUGGUAUUCCUGUUAGCCCUGAUUCUUACAAAAUCUUAUUUGAAAACUGUGGGAAUUCUAAAUCCUUAUUGGAUGGAAGAUUGAUUCAUGGUCAGUUUAAAAGAACAAUGAAGAGUUCACCUGGGUUUCUAGAAGAUUCAGUUCUCCGAAUGUACUGUGAAUGUGGAAGCUUAGUAGAUGCACAUAAGGUGUUUGAUGAAAUGAUUGAAAGAAAUUUGAUUUCUUGGGGUACAAUUAUAUCAGCUUAUGCGGACCAUGGACUUGUUGAUUCUGCAUUUUGCUUGUUUUCAAAUAUGAUUUCAUUGGGAAUUAAACCAAAUUCGUCCAUUUAUAUUUACCUUUUACGCUCUUUGCUAAAUCCUUCUUAUCUGGAGAUUGGUAAACAAAUACAUUCUCAUGCUAUGAGAAGUGGGCUUGGUUUAAGUAUGUCCAUUAACACAGCAAUCUCCAACAUGUACGUGAAAUGUGGUUGGUUAGAUGGUGCUGAGCUUGUUUUCAACCAUAUGACUGAAAGGAAUGCUGUUACUUGGACUGGAUUGAUGGUUGGGUACACCAAAGCUGAGAAAAAGAAGGAUGCUUUGGCUUUGUUUGCCAAAAUUAUGGGUGAAGGUGUUGCAUUGGAUGAGUAUGUAUUUUCUAUUACUCUAAAGGCAUGUGCUGGUUUAGAGGACUUGAAUUUUGGAAGGCAAAUUCAUGGUCAUGUUGUUAAAAUUGGAUUGGAAUCUGAAGUUUCAGUUGGAACUCCUCUUGUGGACUUCUAUAGCAAGUGUGCAAGUUUUGAAUCUGCUUCUAAAGUGUUUGAGAGGAUUGGCGAACCAAAUGAUGUUUCAUGGAGUUCUUUAAUCACUGGCUAUUGUCAAAUAGGUGAAUUUGAGGAAUCUCUCAAGAUUUUUGAAUCUUUGAGAAGUAAAAAUGAGCAUUUAAAUUGUUUCACAUAUACAAGCAUUUUCCAAGCCUGCUCUGCACUUGCAGACUUUAAUACAGGUACCCAAGUUCAUGCUGAUGCAAUAAAAAGAAGUUUGAUAGCUCAACAACAUGGAGAGAGUGCGAUGAUUACCAUGUAUUCGAGAUGCGGCAGAUUAGAUUAUGCUAAUCUAGCCUUCGAAUCAAUUGCUGAACCUGAUGCUGUAGCUUGGACAGCUAUAAUUGCUGGUUAUGCUUAUCAGGGCAAUGCUACUGAAGCUUUAAAGCUUUUUAGGAGGAUGCAGGACUCUGAGGUGAGACCAAAUGCAAUUACAUUUAUUGCAGUUUUAACUGCCUGUAGCCAUUCGGGUUUAGUUGAUGAGGGCAAGCAGUAUUUGGAUUUGAUGAGUAGCAAGUACGGAGUGGCCCCAACUAUUGAUCAUUAUAAUUGCAUGAUCGAUAUAUAUUCUCGUGCUGGAUAUCUUCAGGAAGCAAAUGAACUCAUAAUGAACAUGCCAUUUGACCCUGAUGCAAUGAGUUGGAAAUGCCUAUUGGGUGGGUGUUGGACUCAUAGAAAUCUUGAGCUUGGAAAAAUUGCGGCUGAAAACCUCCUUCAGCUGGAUCCAGAGGAUACAGCAGGUUAUGUUAUCAUGUUUAACCUUCAUGCUUCAUUUGGGAAAUGGAAAGAAGCAGCCAAUGUUAGAAGGAUAAUGACAGAAAGAAAUUUAAGGAAGGAGCUUAGCUGCAGCUGGAUCAAUGUCAAGGGUAAAGUGCACCGGUUUAUAGUAGGUGAUAAACACCAUCCUCAAUCGGAGGAAAUCUAUUCGAAGCUAGAAGAGUAUAAUUCUCCUUUAAUUAAAGAUGCAAAUGACCCAUUAACAGAAGACGAUGUAUCAAAUAGUUUACCGGCGAGGAAAGAACAACUACUUGAUCAUAGUGAGAGACUCGCAAUAGCUUUUGGGCUGAUAUCAACGCCAAGAAAUGCUCCUAUAGUGGUAUUCAAGAACCUUCGGGCGUGCAAGGACUGUCAUGAUUUCGCGAAACAUGUAUCGAUUGUCACAGGACGUGAAAUUGUGGUUAGAGAUUCUUUAAGAUUUCAUCACUUCAAGUUGGGAGAAUGUUCUUGCAAUGAUUAUUGGUGAAUGGCCAUUUUUUUGCUUCUGGUUCUGGCAAUCUGUCCAUCUUUUCUACUCGCAUGUUCACAGAUUUACCUCAGACUCAUAAUCAAAAACAUAUGUUCAAAUAAUUAUUUGAUACAAAUUCUCACUGGAA